AUGCAGCGCACAGUACAACGACAACAUGCGGUAGAAGAAUUUGGACUGUUUUAUCCGUCAUAUAUGUGUCCGGAACCAGUUCUCUGCAUAAGGGCAACUGGAAAAAUACCACGUAUCCGGAUUAAAGGGCCUCGGGAAUGUGAAUCUAAAGCGGCUAAAGAUAUAAUAACACCACCUUCAGAACCUGUAAACUAUCCCGCCAAGGAAAACUACAUCCUCACAAAACAACCCAGAAUUGAUCUAAAGGACGACGAACUUGGUAUAAUAUCUAUCAAUGAUUUAGACACUUCUCUCUCCGGGUGGCAUUUCCUGUCCAGUGCAGAAUGGAAAGCAGAGCUCGACCGCACACCAAUAGGUCCUUGUCAGCCGAUACCGGACGACCCUACAUCUUGGGUGCACAUGUCCAUGAGAAAAAUAGAAGACGAGUUCUGGAAAGAAACGUUGGAUUUUGAUGAUUACCAAGCCGUUAUUGACGUUUUACAAGACACUCUGGAGGGACGGGCAGGCGUGAUGGAACCACAGAGGGCAGUGUUCUUACUGGAUACCAACCACGUGCCCUUGGUGACCAGCAAGGUCCUUCUAGAGAAGCUCCAUCAGUUCUACUUGGAUAACGAGUUUUAUGAAUUCGCAGAGGAACUCGAAACCAUCGGAGCCAAAUUUGUGACAAAGAAAACCAUACAAGAAUGUCUGUCCAGCUCGGACUCUGAGAGCGAGUUAGCCGCAGACAUUCUGGAGGACGAACGACUACCCAGUUUUGUACGCCCCGUGGGGGACGAAGGGAGUUAG